AUGUCUACUAUCGGUCCGGAUAAUCAGGACUUGAGCGAUACGGUUGGGGAUCAUGAGUCUGGUGAUGAAACAAUCGAAAUCCGGAAUAUCUUCGAAUCAUCUCCCGACACUCCUGUCUUUCCGAUCACAUCAUUAAACACUCUAAACAAUUGCUUAAACCAAAGUAAAUGGGUCGUACCUGUAUUGCCCGAUACAGAAUUGGAAAUCCUUAUCAAAGCCACUAUAGCUUUUGCUAAACAAGGCAAAGAUGAGGAAUCGAAGCACUGUCGUCGAUUUUGCCGCUACGGGCUACUCAGUUCUUUUCAGAAAACAUUCCUUGAUGAAGCACUAGAAGGUUGGGCUUGCCAGAUUCUUCAUUAUAUUUACAUGAAUGCGUUGCUUGCGGUUGAACUGUGUGCAAUCAAAGCCAGAGAUGAUUCCAUUUCUAUACUGGAUUUGGAAAGUGUGCUGUUCAAUCCAGACACAAAGUAA